AUUGUUAUUAUGAUAAUAUAACAAUAAAUGGUAGGGCCAUACUUAUCCAGGGUAGCACCACCAGUACUUCAGUAUUGUAUUAAAACUGUACUUCCGGACUGCCAUGCAAUCAUAAUUAUCAUUGGUCAAAAAUAGCCAAUUAGUUAUACGUAGUGGUCAACCUGAAGCUAUAUAAGGCGGCAUUGAAAGUGUAUCACUUUGAUUGUUCACUGAUCACUGUGUAGAGCUUUCAAGAACUUUGAAUACUUCAAACUUCUGGGAAUAUUUUUCUGUAAGAAAAUACAGAGGCGAUAGCACGGAGUUGAAACACUAACAUAAUAGACGAUGGAGGUCAUUCGCAGGAGCCUGUUACUAUUGCUUGGAUUAAUUUCAGCGUGGUCACCACCUGUUCGCUCUCAGAACAGCAAAGAAAUGUCUGCACACCUCCAUACGGGACCAGGAGAUUUAGCCCAACUAGAUACAGUGCCAUGGUACAAUAACGAGCAACCGCCACCACCGCCCUCCGGGCACGGUAAGGAUCUGAUGCCACCUCCUCCUCCUCCGCCGCCACAGUCUCCCUCCCAUCAACCAAUCUCUAAGUACGGUAACGAGCAACCGCCUCCACCCCCUGCCCAACCAAUCUCUGGGUACGGUAACGAGCAACCACCUCCUCCCUCCCACCGACCAAUCUCUGGGUACGGUAACGAGCAACCACCUCCUCCCUCCCACCAACCAAUCUCUGGGUAUGGUAACGAGCAACCACCUCCUCCCUCCCACCAACCAAUCUCUGGGUACGGUAACGAGCAACCGCCUCCUCCCUCUGCCCAACCAAUCUCUAAGUACGAUAACGAGCAACCACCUCCUCCCUCCCAUCAACCAAUCUCUGGGUACGGUAACGAGCAACCGCCUCCUCCCUCUGCCCAACCAAUCUCUAAGUACGGUAACGAGCAACCACCUCCUCCCUCCCAUCAACCAAUCUCUGGGUACGGUAACGAGCAACCGCUUCCUCCCUCUGCCCAACCAAUCUCUAAGUACGGUAACGAGCAACCACCUCCUCCCUCCCAUCAACCAAUCUCUGGGUACGGUAACGAGCAACCGCUUCUUCCCUCUGCCCAACCAAUCUCUAAGUACGGUAACGAGCAACCACCUCCUCCCUCCCAUCAACCAAUCUCUGGUUACAGUAACGAGCAACCACCUCCUCCCUCCCAUCAACCAAUCUCUGGGUACGGUAACGAGCAACCGCCUCCUCCCUCCCAUCAACCAAUCUCUGGUUACAGUAACGAGCAACCACCUCCUCCCUCCCAUCAACCAAUCUCUGGUUACAGUAACGAGCAACCACCUCCUCCCUCCCAUCAACCAAUCUCUGGGUUCGGUAACGAGCAACCGCCUCCUCCCUCUGCCCAACCAAUCUCUAGGUACGGUAACGAGCAACCGCCUCCUCCCUCUGCCCAACCAAUCUCUGGGUACGGUAACGAGCAACCGCCUCCUCCCUCCCAUCAACCAAUCUCUGGGUACGGUAACGAGCAACCCCUCCUCCCUCUGCCCAACCAAUGUCUAGGUACGGUAACGAGCAACCGCCUCCUCCCUCCCAUCAACCAAUCUCUAAGUACGGUAACGAGCAACCCCCUCCUCCCUCUGCCCAACCAAUGUCUGGGUACGGUAACGAGCAACCGCCUCCUCCCUCCCAUCAACCAAUCUCUAAGUACGGUAACGAGCAACCCCCUCCUCCCUCUGCCAAACCUAUCUCUGGGUACGGUAACGAGCAACCGCCUCCUCCCUCCCAUCAACCAAUCUCUGGGUACGGUAACGAGCAACCCCCUCCUCCCUCUGCCCAACCAAUCUCUGGGUACGGUAACGAGCAACCGCCUCCUCCCUCCCAUCAACCAAUCUCUGGGUACGGUAACGAGCAACCCCCUCCUCCCUCUGCCCAACCAAUCUCUGGGUACGGUAACGAGCAACCGCCUCCUCCCUCCCAUCAACCAAUCUCUAAGUACGGUAACGAGCAACCCCCUCCUUCCUCUGCCCAACCAAUGUCUAGGUACGGUAACGAGCAACCCCCUCCUCCCUCUGCCCAACCAAUCUCUAGGUACGGUAACGAGCAACCCCCUCCUCCCUCCCAUCAACCAAUCUCUGGGUACGGUAACGAGCAACCGCCUCCUCCCUCUGCCCAACCAAUCUCUAGGUACGGUAACGAGCAACCCCCUCCUCCCUCCCAUCAACCAAUCUCUGGGUACGGUAACGAGCAACCGCCCCCUCCCUCCCAUCAACCAAUCUGUGGGUACGGUAACCAGCAACAGCCUCCUUUAUCCUCCAUACCAAUGUUUGGGUACGGAAAGGGGCAAAUGCUUACUUCGGCAACGUGCCAAAUUAAAGAUUACGAUGCUUAUGCUCUGAGAAAAAUCUAUAAAACAAUAUUUCGGUCGUGUACCAGGAUAUGACACUGAUUGUGUAGUGAUAAAUUCCCUUUCCUCCCUGGAUUGUCUAAUAAGUUGUAAUAUUGUCUAACACAAGGAGAGGUGAAUAUUUGCAUUGAUUCAUUUUGAGAAGAUCAACAAACUUACCGUUAGGGCCACUACAAAUCUAGAUGUUGCACCGUUUCCCUUAUUGUAUUCAACAGCGUUAUCUAUAUUAACUUGAAUCGUGUUAAACGAAACCUGACGCCUUACAAUACUGUAAAUAAAUAUCGUAUUCAAAAACAAAUUUCUUCCAAUACAUGACUUGUGUUUGAAGUUUACUCUUAGAUACUGUUUGAUGUAAAGUUUUUCUCUCUCUUCAAUUUUAUUAAAUUUGCUUUUCCUUAGCUUAAGUUAUUCACUGCAUAUUUAAUUUGCAAAGAACAUUGUUAUAAUUACUACCUCAAUUGUUAUUAAACACCGACCUAAACUCAGACAUUUGAUUGUGUUAUCAUUU